UUCUAGAAGAAUCGCAAUUGGACAUCAUGCCACUGUUAUUCAGCGAUGCAAGCUUUUGCAGUAACGACUUGGGUCGCAUCCUUUAUGCUAAUCCGAACGAGUGGAAUGUUCAUAUGAAUAUUGUUAAUACGAACACCAUGUCGAGUUUCUUUACUUCUCAUAUUGAAUAUCAAAUGUCAGUUUGUGCGAUACCUUCUGAUUCCCUUGCAGCAAGUACUCGAUUUUUCGAUAUGUGGACACGUUUUAGAGAAGUGAAACGUCUUUGGGAACAGUUGGCUGAAUUACAUAAAAAGUUACAUCUGCAUGGUUCAUUUCCGCAGUUUGCAGAAGGAGUUAUUUUUGGAAACCAAAGUGCCCAAAUUGUGGGCGAAAGAACGUCAUCAAUAACAACGUUCUUGAAUUAUGUACUUGCUCAUCCAGUGCUUCGACAGAGCAAAGUUUUGCAAGAUUAUUUUGGGAAAGCACAAGAAAUUUGGAAACCGUCGAACCAUAAAGAUCCGUUGGAUCCUAUGCGACAGUUUCAUUCAAAUGAUGAAUCAGCAGUGACAUCUUUUGGAGCUAAUAUGGUUCACGUUUCAAAGUAUAAUGGUCAGGAUUCCAGAGUGCUUUUUAUAUCUGAGCAUGAAGCUUCAGUACCGAUUACACCUGAACCAACUUCACAGCUUUAUGCCCAAACUUGUCCACUGUCAGCAACAGUGAUGCAGGGAAAUUCCAUGUUGAAUAUGCAGGAAAAUAGCGCCGCAAAUACUGCACCAUUACCGAAUAUGUCGACCAUGAUGAGUCAGGCAUCUAACUCACAGUCUUCUUACGUUCUCCCUGCUUAUUACUGUGUUGCAUUAUCGCAACAGCCACAGUUUCCAAUUAGCCCGAGCCAGUGAUGGUCCACUGCAAUAGGAUUAUUCUAAUCUAGAUGCAGUUAAGGUGUCACCUCUUUCCAAUCAUUUCGAAUUAAUUACUUCCUUGCACUACUCGUCAUAGAAG